CUGAUGUACGGUUAAAAAGUAUCAUUCGUUUGCAAUCAAUCAAUCGGUCAAGAGUACAGCACAAUAAAAACUUUUAAUUCCAACAUGAAGGUGUUCAUUGUGGUGUCCAUGGCUUUGGUCAUCGCUUCCUGUGCAGCAGUCGACGAUUCCGCUAGUAAGAAGGAGAAACGCGGCCUCUGGGAGUUGAGUGAUGAUCAAAGCAACUUCGAAUAUGAUGACCACCAUCACCACUAUGACGAUGAUCAUCACAUUCAUCACGAACUGAAGCACAUUUCCACAACCAUCACCAAGAAGGUCCCAGUUCCAUACCCAGUUGAAGUUGAGAAGCACGUCCCGGUUCCAGUGAAGGUCCCCUAUCCAGUUCACGUCGAGAAGAAGGUCCCUGUCUACGUCGAAAAGAACGUUCCAGUUUACAUUGAGAAGAAGGUUCCGGUUCAUGUUGAUCGUCCAGUGCCAUACCCAGUGGAAGUGAAGGUUCCAGUUGUCCAGAAGGAAUACGUUGAAGUGCCAAAACCUUACGCAGUUCCUGUUGAGAAACCAGUUCCAGUGUACGUAAAGAAGCCAGUGUAUGUGGAGAAACCAGUCCCAGUGACGGUGCACAUCAAGGAGCACAAGAAACACUGGGGUCUGUUUUGAAGUCA